AUGGAAGACUUAAAGAGGUACCUUCGUAUAACUUAUGGAAAUAGUUUUGUAUUCGUACAAUUUGAAAACAUAGAGGAUCUGAACACGAGGCUUGGAGUGCGACUUCAUGACCUGUUGAAAAGCUGGGGAUGUAGAAAUGGAGUGAUAACGUUGAAAGAUAAGCAAUCACUCUAUCGAAUAAUCCCUGAUAAUGAUGUCAAAGAGACGGUUCUAGAAGAAUUCAAAUAUUCUGAGGAAGUCGAGCUAUUUCUGUUUGGUCAUGCUUUCGUCCCAGCACCUGAGGGAAAGCUGAUACAACCGAACGAACAAUCUUCCAUUGAUAUAGAGUUAGCAGAAAAGUUAAAUACUAUGAAAAUAAAGCCAGAUUCAGUAGGUACAGAAAGUUCGACGGCUAUGGUUAAAAGUGCUGGUAAUCAUGAUACCAUUACAAUAUCGAAAAAGUAUCUAGAGAGUAUACUCCAACAAGUCAAUUGCCUUGAAGAUACUAUAAAAAACGAACAGAUGCGUAAGAAGAGGGAGAAGCACAGAAGAAAAACAAAAAAAGAGAAAGCACAAAAGAAGGCAGACAGUAAAGUUGCAAAAUUAACUAAAAAAAUUAGGAAACUGAAAAAAGAACGUAAAGAUUUUGAUAAGGACGCUAUAGAAACGACUGCAGAAGAUGGUAGUCCUGUCUCAGAUGUUGCAGCUAAUGAAAAAUUAUGUAAGACAAAAGUCCUUUUAGCAGAAGCGUCGAAAUUACUGGAUUCUUUUGAAACAAUUUUAAAAACUAAUCCGUCACUGUUACCUAAGAGUGAGGUGUUCAUAGAUAUUGAUCCCAAGAAUAGGCGGUUAUUCGAGUAUUUUUCAAAGAUUGCCAGUGAAGCGGAUUUGGAGAAGUUGCUUUCAAACAGUCAAAAAUAUGAAGGCUUAUUACAAAGAUUUGAUAAUGAUGAGACAUUAUUGCUAUCUGAACUUUCACAUUUAUCAUUGAACAAUUCUGAUACUUCUUCGAUAAAACAUGAAGAACCUACUGAAAUGGGUAUUCCAUUUGAGUUAAAAGUCUACGAAAAGGACUUGAAUGUUUGUUUUGAGCUGUCCAAUGGCACCGAUACUUACUUUUCUGAAAAUUUAUACCUCUUAAUACAUUAUAUUUCAUCAGAAAAUGAAAUCUGGAAGACCAAAAUCGAUAUUUGUCAUGGAAUAGGGCCAAAAUCCAAGAGAAUAUUUACAAAGUUCAAAUCAUUUUUUGAGAAAAAAGGUGGCGAUUUUUCAAUAGAAGAUUUUGGCUUCUUUGAAAUAAAAGAUGGUGCUGACAGACUUUUAUUUUCUACGCAGGGUUCAAAGCUAGUACCUUGUAACAAUGGGACAGAUUUAAUGUUCCAUCUUGUCGCAAAAUAUAAUAACUUAACUGAAAUUAACUUGAGAAAAUUGGAAAAUUUUAAGAGUGAAGAAACCAUCAAAUUGAAGGAGGCCUUUACAUAUGAUAACGAAAAUGUAGAAUCUGAUGAUGUUAUUUCCACCACUAUAACUAAUGAUGUAGGUUUUGAAAAUAACGACAGUGAUAAUGAAUUUGAAGAGUAUGAUUUUUUAAGUGAAAGUGAUGUAUGA